UUCCUUCCGAAGCGGAGAGGACGACACACCCUCUCACAGUCUCACUCGCAUCCAGGUUUAUUUAGCUUGGGCAAGGCAUAUAGCACGCCAUUGGUUGGGUGUCACGAGGUGGUUUUCAUCCCAAACCCUUCUUUCGCCUGUUUGUAAAGGGUCGAACUCCAGCUUCUCUUCGACGACGACACUUCACAAUCCUAGUUGCACUUCACCUCGUCCAUCAUCUCCCCAAUAUUUGACUAGACGACAGGCAACCCUCGUACAACUUCUUCCACUCACGAUCUAACCCCUAUCAAAAAUAAACAAACCACCACCACCACCACCAAACCAGCAAAAAUGGCACCCUCCCCCUCCCGUCUCACCGGGGCCUUCACCACCCUAAAACAAACCCUCCUCGCCCUCCUCGACCCCUGGAUCUUCAUGUCCCUCUCCGCCUCCUACCUGCCCACAACAAUCCUCUCCCUCCUGCGCCAGCGGCGCUUCCUCGCCCUUCUUGGCGGUCCUUUACUAUCCAAUGAAUUCCAAUCCGCCUGGUUCGGGCACUUCUGGUCCUGGGCCGGGCCACAGGUGCGCGGCAACGCUGAGGCCAAUGUUGUGCCUUUGCUGGAGGGCAGAGUAACAAAGGGACAGAUUGUUUCCAAGUCAGAGGCGCACGUGCCUGGUGUCGGAGGAGUGGUGCUGGAGAUUGGACCGGGGAGUGGAAUGUGGGUUAGUUUGUUUAGUGAUGAGAAGUAUCUAAAGGAUGAGGACGAGCAGCAGGGGCAUGAUGGGGAGGAAGAACACGAAGGGUUGUCGGCUAGUUGGGCGACGAUAGCUUCUGAGCAGCAACAACAAAAGCAGGCGACAAAGAAAGUGGUUGGAAGCCGCCAGAGGAUAACGCAGGUGUACGGCGUCGAGCCCAAUUACGGCAUUCACCCGCUGCUUCAACACAACAUUACGCAGGCAGGGCUGUCGCAGACGUACACUAUCCUUCCCUUCGGCAUUGAGGAUAUCGAACGCUAUGCACCCCAGAUCCAGCCUGAGUCUCUGGAUUGCAUCGUCUCGAUCCUCUGCCUUUGCAGUAUUCCGGAGCCGCAAAAGAACAUUGCCAUCCUGUACCGCUAUCUCAAGCCGGGCGGUCGCUGGUUUGUCUACGAGCACGUCAAGUGCUGCUCCAACAAGCCGGGCGGUUGGUUCAUGAAUGCCUACCAGGCUUUUGUCAACCUCUUCUGGCCAGUCUGCCUCGGCGGAUGCCAGCUUCGUCGCGAUACUGCCCGGUAUCUGAGGGAGGCUGGCCCGUGGACUGACGUCGACUUGGCUCAGCCGCCUAAGGAACAGUGGCACCAAACCGUGCCCCAUAUCUAUGGCAUCCUGACAAAGUAAGCAGAAGGGCUGCGGUCACGGAGUCCAGAAAUCAUUACUGCACCGAGUCAUCACCGAGUCAUUAGCGAGGUCAGGAUGUCACACACAUGAUCAUUGAGGCAAUCUUUCAGGCUUGAGAUAUGUAGCACCUGACUAGAACUACCUAAAGACUUGUCUCUGGUACCUAUUUCACCAUGAUCAUAU